GUCGAACUGGUGUAUUGUCACUGACAUUAUCCGAAAAAUGAACUCGUUGCUUGAGACUUUAUAUCGGAUCCGUUUUGCUGGUAAACACUCACUCGCGUUGCAAGAGUCAAGUGUCACUCAAGAGUGCCAUAGAACAUUUUGUUUUUUUUUUUUCGGUUUGUGAUUGUUGUGUUGAAAUGGCAUUUGAAGAUAGAUCGAGUCCAAAUACAGCAACCAGUCCUUGUACGAGUGAAUGUGGCAAUAGUUUGAACACACCAAAUUCUCCAGAAAGUACCAGAACAUCUCCAUAUACUUGCAGGACGAUAUCAAACAGUCAAGAUUAUAGUCCGCCCGAUUCUCCAAUGGUUCCGAAAAUCGAACACCACGAGCGGUCCUUCUUCAGGAUAACGUCGUUUGCUUUGCCAAGUCCAAAACGUGAGUGCGAUAGGGAUUCACCGUUGAGCUACCGAUCACCGUCACCCGAUAGUGAAGCCAAUAGCAUGUCACCUGAACCAGUUAUUCAAACCCUAAAAUAUUCAAUAAGGAACAUUUUGCAGCCAGAUUUUGGCAAAAGUGCCGUAUUGAAAACCAAAUCAGCACCGUCUACCAAAAUAAGCUUUCGACCUUACGAAAAUGCGAUGGCACCGUUGGGCUCCCUAUGUCAAACCGUAAGUCAAAUUGGAUCUACGGGCAAUAAUAAUAAUAAUACCGCGAUGAUCAAUUUACCAUCACCGACUGGAAGCAGUAUUAGCGCCAUUAGCGGUAGCAGUUUGAUUUCGAAGAGUUCGACUCAGAGUUUGAUGAGUCCGGAAGAAGGCAAGAAGGACGAGAAGAAUGUACCGAAAUUGUGGCCUGCAUGGGUUUAUUGUACUAGAUAUUCGGAUAGACCUAGUUCUGGUCCGCGUUCUAGGAGAAUGAAAAAACCUACUCCCAGUAGCAAAGCUGCCGAAGAUAAACGUCCACGUACAGCGUUUUCUAGCGCUCAGCUGGCUCGUUUGAAAGCUGAGUUCAACGAAAAUCGCUAUUUGACUGAAAGUAGAAGGCAAAAACUCAGCGCCGAGCUGGGGUUGAAUGAAGCCCAAAUUAAAAUCUGGUUUCAAAAUAAACGGGCUAAAAUCAAGAAAUCGUCUGGCCAGAAAAAUCCUUUGGCAUUGUCGCUAAUGGCGCAAGGUUUGUAUAAUCAUAGCACUGUGGCUUGUGACGAAGAGGAUAUGCCUUUGAUUGGUUAAUUAUUGUAGGUUUAAAAAUGGUUAAAACUUAUUGUGAUCUCAUUAUAAUUAUUUAUUUAAUCUAUGUACAAAUUUUAAUUGUAAAUAAUAAAUGUACAGUGUAUUAUUGGUUUCAAUCAUGGGCAUACAAUAUCGUUAUACGUAUUAGUUUGUGAAUAGAUCUGAUGGUUAUUUUGUAAAGUAUUUUCUACCAUCAGUAGAGGAUUGUUAUACAUUAACAUUUUGGCAUUGUUGGUGUGAAUAACUGAGGCGCAUCCAUACUAUAUUCAAAUCUGGAAAAGUAAGUUUUCCUUUCUCUUGUCUAACAAGUUUUAAUACAGUGUGAAUGUGCCCUUAGAUAUGUUUUAGCGGAAAUCAAUUCUGAUUUUUGUUAAUUUUUUGCCUAAAUUGGCAAAAUUAAAUGUUGUCUGAGUAAACAGCUUUAUACUUAGUUAUUAUAAGAGCAUGAUUUUUGAUUUUGUAUAUUUAACCGAUUAGAUGUUAAAUGUUUAAAAUAUGACGAUUUUGUGUAGAUAUAUUAGACUGAAAUUUACUAUAUUUUUUUUUCCGUGCAAUGUUUUUUGAUGUAUAUUGAACUCGUUAUCGUAUAUUGUAGAAAACAAAUACAAUUUUG